AUGUAUUUAAAACCAACUAAGUGCAAGGACUACAGAACAGAGGGCAGUUCAAGAAGGACAGACAGUCACAAAGGAACAGACAGACACAAAAGGACAGACAGCCACAGAGGGACAGACAGCCACAAAAGGACAGGCAGCCACAGAGGAACAGGCAGCCACAAAAGGCCACAGAGGGACAGCAGCACAAAAGGACAGACAGCCACAAAAGGACAGACAGCCACAGAGGGACAGACAGCCACAAAAGGACAAACAGCCACAGAGGAACAGGCAGCCACAGAGGGACAGACAGCCACAAAAGGACAGACAACCACAAAAGGACAGGCAGCCACAAAAGGACAGACAGCCACAGAGGGACAGACAGCCACAAAAGGACAGACAGCCACAGAGGGACAGACAGCCACAAAAGGACAGACAGCCACAGAGGGACAGACAGUCACAGAGGGACAGACAGCCACAGAGGGACAGACAGCCACAAAAGGACAGACAGCCACAAAAGGACAGACAGCCACAGAGGGACAGACAGCCACAAAAGGACAGGCAGCCACAGAGGAACAGGCAGCCACAGAGGGACAGACAGCCACAAAAGGACAGACAGCCACAAAAGGACAGACAGCCACAGAGGGACAGACAGCCACAAAAGGACAGACAGCCACAGAGGAACAGACAGCCACAGAGGAGCGGACAGCCACAAAAGGUCAGACAGCCACAGAGGGACAGACAGCCACAAAAGGACAGACAGCCACAGAGGGACAGACAGCCACAAAAGGACAGACAGCCACAGAGGGACAGACAGCCACAAAAGGACAGACAGCCACAAAAGGACAGACAGCCACAGAGGGACAGACAGCCACAAAAGGACAGACAGCCACAGAGGAGCGGACAGCCACAAAAGGUCAGACAGCCACAGAUGGCAGUCCAAGAGGGUCAAAAAGCAAUAAAGCAGAUGUAGACAGACAGAAGGUGAGGAACAGACACAGAUGA